AUGUCUGACAAAUAUGAUACUACUUCAGUGGUUGUCGAAUUUGAAAAAAAUAAUAUACUAGAUGAAAUCUCUGAUACUAACAGUGAAAAAAAUAAAUGGAAAGCAAUGACCAAAAAAGUCAUUGUUGCCAGAAGACUGCUAACUGUUGAUAAUUUCCAUUCACCUGGACGAGAUCCUGGGAUUGAUCCAAAAAAUGUUGAUUAUGAUAUAAAUUAUCCAUGUAGCAUAUUUGUUUCAGAUUUUGGUGAAGAUGAGGUUGUUUAUUCUGGAAAAUUUUCAAAUAAGGAUUUGGAAGGAUUUUUAGAAAAAGACCGUCCAGAUAAAACAAAUGUUCGUUGGAUUAAUGUAAAUGGAAUUUCUUGGGAUGUGAUUAAAACACUUGCACUUAAAUUUGAUCUGCACCCAUUGUCAAUUGAGGAUGCUUUACAAAAUACUCGACGUACAAAACUGGAUCAAUAUCAGAACCAUAUUUAUAUCUCCCUUUUACUUCAUACUCUUAAUAAUGAAGAUGUAGAGAGUGACCCGGAAAGGGAUGAUUCAAGCAUAAUUGAGGGGAAAGAAAAUGCUAAAUCUUUUAGUUAUAAUUCACGUAAAGAUUUUUUACUGCAUGGUCAUCAAGAAGGAAGUAGAUAUUUGGAAACCCAUAAAUUACUACGAAAACUUAAAUUAAAUGUUUUCGUAGAGCAAGUAAGCAUUUUCUUGCUUAAAGAUGAAACUUUAUUAACUAUUUUUCAACACGAUGGAAAACCUGUUUAUAAACCUAUUCUUGCACGUAUUAAUCAACCAAAAACUUUAUUAAGGACUGCUCAUGAUGCAAGUUUAUUGAUGGAAGCUGUUAUUGAUACAGUUGUUGAUUUAGCCAUGCCAAUUGUUGAUUCUUAUAGACACCAAAUUGCAGAUUUAGAAGGGAAAUUGUUAAUACGACCUAAAAUGACUUAUUCACAUGAACUUCACAUGAUAUCUGGUGAGUUGGUACUUUUGAAAAGAACACUUGGACCUGUUCAAAGUCUUGUUACUUUAUUGAGAGAACAUGAAGACAAAAAAGAUUUCAUAUCAUCAUUGGCAAAAACUUAUUUUAUGGAUGUUGCUGAUCAUUGUAAUGAAAUUGUUGAUAAUUUGGAUACAAUGACAAAGAUUUCAGAGAAUUUAGUUAAUUUGACCAAUGAAAACAUGAGAAUUAUUGCUAUAAUCAGUGUUGUAUUUAUGCCAAUGACUUUUAUUGCUGGGUAUUUUGGAAUGAAUUUCCAAUUGGAUUUCGCUGCACUUUAUUAUCCAAUGAGGUAG